ACCGCCGCGAUGGAGCCCGGCGCGCUCAUGUGGGUAGGCUCACCUUGCGGUUUACACGGACCCUAUAUUUUCUACAAGGCUUUCCGCUUCCACCUCGACGGCCGAGGCAGGAUCCUGUCCCUGGGAGACUUCUUCCUGGUGCGGUGUCUGCCGGGGGAGCCGGUCUGCGUCGCCGAGCUGCAGCUGCUCUGGGAGGAGAGGGCGAGCAAGCAACUUCUGUCCAGCUCCAAACUUUACUUCCUGCCGGAGGACACCCCGCUGGGACGAACCGUCCACCACGGCGAGGAUGAGGUCAUCGCGGUGUCAGAGAAGGUGAUUGUCCGAUUAGAAGAUCUAGUUAAAUGGACGGUAUGGGACCCCCAGGCCUGGAGGAGGGGGAGGAAGGCCAGGAACCUGAAUACCAGUAAAGUGCAUCGAGACCAGGUUGGGAACAAUACCAGAGACACCCCCAACCUCCUCCGCCCGCGGGAGUCCACUCUUUGCAGCGGCCUCAACUUCAAGGAUGUCCUCAGGGAGAAGGCAGAGCUGGGUAAAAACCGAUGA